CAGCUGAGCGGCCGGCGAACGUCUGGCUAGUGGGAUGUGAUUUACACGUGCAUGCUUUGUAAAACAUCACUGUAAUUGGGAAUUUCGUAGCGCGAUUAGAAUCAAUAGAGAUUAAGCCAAUUGAUAACGCCAUUCAGAUCAUUUACACAUUUUUUGCAUAAACUAAGAUUGUUUAUAUACUUACCUUGGUUGUUGACGCAUCGCUAACGUCAUCACACAGACCGCAGAAAAUAACAAAAAAAUAAAGAAAACAAAAACACGAGGAUUUGCACAAACUGCACUCUUUUCCGAGCUUAGAAUUUAAAAAAUAUCGCCAAUGGGGCAGCUAGAAUUUCAAGCGAUUGUCCUGGCCGCCGGAAAGGGAACCCGGCUGCCCGAAAUAUUAGAAGGACGACCGAAAUGUUUGCUCCCGAUUGGACCCUUCCCAAUGAUCUGGUACCCUUUGCAGCUGCUGCAACGACACGGUUUCACCGAGGUCAUCGUCGUGGUGCAGGAGUCGGAAAAAUCGGAAAUACAGCAACGCUUGGAACGGUUGCAGUUGAAGCUGAAGCUGGACUACUACUCCAUACCAACGGAUUCGGAAUGCGGAACUGCCGACUCCCUGCGGCUUGUAUCGGACAAGAUUAAAUCCGAUGUGGUGGUACUGUCGUGCGAUUCCAUCAUCGAAAUCAACCUGUACCCGCUGUUGUCCAAGUUUCGUGAAAAAGAUGCCUCCGUACAGCUGCUGCUGCUCGAAAGCGGCAAAGACCAGGACGUUGUGAUGCCGGGGCCGAAAUCGAAGUACAAAGCGGAAAAGGAUAUCAUUGGCUACGACAAAGCUACCAGCAGGGUCCUGUUCAUGGCGUCGGCGAGCGAUUUCGAGGAAACUGUUAAACUGUCCGGCCAUCUGUUGCGGGAAAAUCCGGACAUGAUCAUCUCUUCCUCGAUGCUCGAUGCGCACGUGUACAUCAUGAAGAAGUGGGUGGUGGAGUAUCUAGCCGUUACCGAGCUACUAUCCGCGGUGAAGGGCGAACUGUUGCCGCACAUCAUCAAGAAGCAGCUGCUCCAACCGCCCGCAGUGCCGGAAAACGACGGCGCCUCGGAGUACACGGCCAAGCCGAAGGUGGACGACAUCUUUCAGUUUGCAGUGUACACGGAAAUGGAUAGGAAGAUCGAUCAAGCAUCGGUUUUCAACAAGGAAGAGAAAGCAACUUCUCACCCGAUACGCUGCUAUGCUUACUUUGCCGACUCGAAAGCAUUCGGAUUGAGAGUAAAUAACGUUCGUUCGUUUUUGUCGUGUAAUUUGAAGAUUUUUGAAAUUUUCCCCGCGUUGACUGGGUUUUCUGAGCGCGAGCUGGUGUCACAAAGCAGCUCGAUCAAAUCCACGCAAAUAACAAAAUGUGCCGUCGGAGAUAUGACCACCAUCAGUGAAAAGACGUCCCUCAACCAGAACGUGAUUGCGAACGGUUGCACGGUUCAGCCGAAAACGCGUAUUAACAAUAGCGUACUUAUGGAUGGCGUUACAGUGGAAGAAACUGUUGUCAUCGAUAACUGCAUAGUUGGCGAAAAAGCGGUGAUUAAGAGUGGAUCAGUGCUAAAGAAUUGCAUCAUCGGGCCACACUUUGUCGUCGCAGCCGGUACGAAGAAGGAGAGCGUUUAUCUUUCAAACGCAGACGGUUUCAUGACGAUUGACUAGAGUGGAA